GAUUCGUAUGCAGCCAGUACUGCUUAUCCUUCGAUGUAUGGAGGUACAACGUCCCAGUACAGUGAUACCAAAACUGAUUACUUGUCGGGUUAUGCGCCUGCUCCGAGUUCAAAUCUUGCAGUCGGAGAACCAGCGAGUGAGACGAGCACGGAGCUUGGAGGAGGAAGGCAGUUUGUUAUCAGAGCACGAGGGUUACCAUGGUCUGUUACUGACGAUGAGAUUGCCGAAUUCUUUGAACCGGAAAUUGUGCUGAGAACGCGUGAGCAAAUUCAUAGAGUUGAAACGAAUGGAAGAUUUUCCGGAGAAAUUUAUUUGGAAUUGUAUACCAGGGAAGAAGAGGUAGCAGCAAUUGCCAAAAACAAAAAUACCAUAGGAAAACGUUACGUCGAAGUUUACCCAGCAAAGAUCGAAGAGUUGAAAAGAGUUCUGGAGCAUGUUGGGGAAGCAAAAAAGGAAAAUAUUCUGAAACUACGGGGGUUGCCGUUCCAUGUGAGACGAGAAGAGAUUCAGGAUUUUCUGCAGGGGUGUGAAUUGAAGGGGGCAGGCGAUGGGAUCCACUUCGUUCCCGACAAGAUGGGGCGCGGCACUUGCAACGGGGAGGCGUUCGUUGAAAUGGCUGACGAUAGUUCCAUGGAAAAAGCCUUAGCCAAAAACAAGCAAAAUAUCGGCUCAAGAUGGAUUGAAGUAUUCCGCAGCACUAAAUCAGAGAUGGAAUCUAUCAUUUACCCAGAUGAGCCUCUGGAUUCAUAUCCAGCAAUGUACAGUCAUGAUAUAGACUUGUACGGCCAGCCACCUAUGUACGGAAUGCGAGGCAGACCUCCCCCUCCCCACAUGUACCCUGGAGGACCAGGACCAUAUGGGCCACCUCCACAUGGCUAUGGACCGCCGCCUGGCCCAGGGUUCAAGGUGAAGAUGCAAGGACUGCCAUAUGAAUCAACGAGACACGAUAUCGUACAGUUCUUCCACCCGGCCGAAGUGCUGUUUCUGGAGUUUGUGCGGGACAACAAUGGCAGAAUAACGGACUGUGUGGUGGAGUUUGGCAACGAGAGAGACCACCAGCUGGCACUUAGUCGCCACAAGCAGAACUUAGGUCGACGCUACGUUGAAGUCUACAACUAUGAAGACGAUGAGUGGUAUCCUCCUCCCCCUCCGCCUCCGUUUGGUGGCCCCAGACCCUUCUAUCCUCCCCCAAUUGCAGAGUUCAGAGUACAGCUGAGAGGAACUCCGUUUGAUGUCACAAACGCAGAGAUUUACUCGUUUUUUGGCAGCCUCAAAGUGACUGGGGUGGAGAUGUGUAGAGACAAGGGUGGCAAAGUGCAGGAUGUGUUUGUGUCCCUCGCAUCCCCCAAGGACUUAGAGGGUGCGAUCAAACUGAACAAACAGAACAUAAGACAUCGAUACGUGGAGGUAUAUGAUGCGUGUGGUGGGAUGGGGAUGAGUGGUGGAGGCGGGCCGAUGAGGAGAGCACGACCUCCCAUGCCACCCAGAGGCGGAGAAUACCCUCCGCCAGGACGCGGAGGACGAGUGACAAACUACGGAGGCUUCACAUGAGGUAGCACUGCUGAAUUGGAAGUCGAAUUGGAAGGAUCGAGGAAACAGGAAGGAAGUCCCCAAUGAUCGGACUAACUGAUUGGUGUAUUUUCGAGUUGCAAUAGUUGUUAUUAAUGAUCUACAAACUGACUUAUCUCUUCUACCUUUGUGUUUGUAUUGUAACCUAAGCGUUUUUAUUAAUUCAUUUUGCUUUUCA